AUGUUGUACUCAUCGGCGAUCUUGCUGUUGGCCGGGCUGGCAUCAGCUCAGGUGGCGGAAUAUGGCCAGUGUGGCGGAAAAGGAUGGUCGGGCAGCACAACGUGCCAGUCUCCAUACACCUGUCAAUACCAGAAUGACUGGUACAGUCAAUGCUUGCCAGGAACAGGAUCGGGUGGCGCGACAACCACCACCACGACCACCACCACCGCCAAGACAACGGUGACCACCACAUCGGUCAAGUCGACAACGACUGCGCCAACCAAGACGACGACAACCACCUCGGGUCCGAUAUCAACCUCCACCGGCUUCGCUCACACCAACGGUCUCAACUUCACCAUCGAUGGCGAGACGAGCUACUUUGCCGGAUCCAACUCGUACUGGAUUGGCUUCCUGACCAACAAUGCCGACGUCGACUUGGUCAUGCAACACCUGAGCUCCUCGGGGCUGCGCAUUCUGCGCGUCUGGGGAUUCAACGAUGUCAACACGAUCCCCUCCGCCGGCACCGUCUGGUUCCAGCAUCUUGCGGGCGGCAGCGCCACCAUCAACACCGGUGCCGAUGGCCUGCAGCGUCUUGAUUAUGUCGUCUCCUCGGCCGAGAAACACGGCAUCAAGCUCAUCAUCAACUUUGUGAACAAUUGGUCCGAUUACGGUGGUAUUAACGCGUACGUCAACGCUUUUGGCGGCAGUGCGACCACCUGGUACACCAACACCGCGGCGCAGACCGCCUACAAAAACUACAUCAAGGCUGUGGUUUCGCGGUACAUCUCAUCUCCGGCCGUCUUUGCGUGGGAGUUGGCCAAUGAGCCUCGCUGCAAGGGCUGCGACACCUCCGUCAUCUAUGACUGGGUCAAGGCGACUAGCCAAUAUAUCAAAUCACUCGACCCGAAGCACAUGGUCACCAUUGGCGAUGAGGGAUUCGGCCUGACGACCGAGUCUGACGGAAGCUACCCCUUCAGCUUCUCCGAGGGACUGGACUUUUCCAAGAACCUGGGCAUCAGUACCAUUGACUUUGGAACUUUCCAUCUGUACCCAUCGAGCUGGGGCACAAGCAGUGACUGGGGCAAUCUCUGGGUCAAAGCCCACGGGGACGCCUGUGCUGCGGCGGGUAAGCCCUGCUUGUUUGAGGAGUAUGGCUACCCUUCCGACCACUGCACCAUCGAGGCGGCCUGGCAGAAGACGGCCCUUAACACCAAGGGUGUCGCUGCUGAUCUGUACUGGCAGUACGGAGAUACCCUGAGUUACGGUCAAACUUCAGACGAUGGAUACACGAUUUACUACGGAUCCAGUGACUUUACCUGCCUGGUGACGAAUCAUGUCGCUGCGAUCUGA